GCACACUGAGCAAGACGACAGGACAAGUCACAGGGAAGUACCCGUUUGCAGUGCUGUAGAGCUAGCCUGCUUUCUAGGGAAUGGCGUGCCAGGCAUUUGCCACUGCUGACUCCUUCACGGCCCUCGCUGCGGACACCUCUGCCCUGCCACUCAUCAUGCAUCAUGCCAACCCUUCUGAGUGCCUGCCAGUCUCCAACCACUCCACCAAUGUGGUGUCCACAGUCCCCUCUGGCUUGUCUCUGCUGCAGUCAUCGAAGCGCUCCCACAUGCACCUGUCCUCCUCAGCGCUGGGGAACACCUCUGCAGGGCUGCACUACUCAGUCCCGCCCUGUCACUAUGGAAACCAGCAGGCCACCUAUGGCAUGAUGACAGGUGGUCUGACACCAUGCCUCUAUAAAUUUCCUGAGCACACCCUGAGCACCAGCUCCUGUGCGCUGAGUCACAGCUUCACCCCACUGCACCAGUCCCUGCUGGCGGAGGACUCCUGCCUCAGUGACUUUAAGCAGGAGCUCCGGAAGAAGAGUCGAUCUACGGACGAGCCUGUUGAUAUGGACUCACCUGAAAUCAGGGAGCUGGAAAAAUUUGCCAACGAUUUCAAGCUGAGACGGAUCAAACUGGGUUACACUCAAACCAACGUUGGAGAGGCCCUGGCAGCCGUGCACGGUUCAGAGUUCAGCCAAACCACUAUCUGCCGCUUCGAGAACCUCCAGCUGAGUUUCAAAAACGCCUGCAAGCUGAAGUCAAUCCUAGCAAAGUGGCUGGAGGAGGCAGAACAAGCCGGAGCCCUGUUUAAUGAAAAGGUUGGAAUGAAUGAAAGGAAAAGGAAACGCAGAACCACCAUAAGUCUUACUGCCAAGGAUGCUCUGGAGAGGCACUUCAGAGAGAAGAGCAAGCCCUCCUCUCAGGAGAUCGUACGCAUGGCUGAGGGGCUGCACCUGGAGAAGGAGGUGGUCAGGGUUUGGUUCUGCAACCGCCGGCAACGCGAGAAGCGGGUCAAGACCAGCCUGCACCAGAACACUUUCCUGUCCCUCAGCAAGGACCAAGCCUGCUGCAGAUAAGGAGGCCAGCCCUUCAUUAUCUGAACACCAGGAUUGAGGUUCUAAAAUAUACCCUGGCAGCCAGCAUCAGCAAUAUGAUGUCUCUGUAGUUAUGGGUUGAAAGAGGGCUAACCAAUAUGAUGUCUCUGUAAUGGGUUAAAAGAGAGCUAACCAAGAUCCAUGUUCUUAUCCGGUGGGAGAUACUUUGGAAGCGGGUAUGUAUGCUACACGUUUGCAUAUAUCUAGAGAACCACUCGUGCUAUUCUGACAAAACUUUAGCACAAGUUAUAAAUGUAUCAAUGCUGGGUAUAAGACGGCUGUUUUGCAUAUUUCUAGUGAACCAAGAAAAUACCAGUAAUGGUGUUAAAAAUCCAAAGAUAAUUAAAGGAAAUGGAAUUGAAAGAAUUGAUUAGCACUCCUUUAAAAAAUGCCUUUAGCAAUCCCAGAUUGUACUGUAUAGUCAUGUAUAUACACAAGUGGUGGCAGAAGCCAUUUUUACAUUGUUUCAAAUUGCUGUGAGAUGCUAAAAUCUACUCUAAUUGGGAUAUUGAAGAUAGUAAAGGCAUAUGGGCAUUAGUGUACAAAAUCUACAUGUACGCAUGGCCGGCACCAGCGGGGGAAUGGGAGAGUUGGCUGAGGGGGGUUCAGAUCUCAUGCCCCACCUGUUCAGAUUCCACAUUGAGAUUAAAAAAAAAAUCUAUGACAAAUCAUUAAUAAAAGUAAGUUAACUAUAAUAUGUGUUAUUUCUGGAAAAAUGUUAAGGUGAUAUAUCUUUACAAAUUAGUACCAGUAAUACCGCCCAUUAGCAACGCCCUUUUUAGGGUCUCCUUUUCUCACAAUAUGCAACGUCUUCUAAUCUGCACAUUUCGAGGCCGGAGUCGUAUUGCAGCAUAAAUUGUUUAGUGUCAUUUGUGUAUUUGUUUAUUUAUGUAUUUAUUUAUUUAUUUAUUUAUUUAUGCAAGUAAAUUCAACUGGUUAUUUGCAGCUGAUUUGGUAACUAAUAGAAAAAAAACGUGUCAAAGGGAAUCUGACUUAAUUACAAGAGCUUAUACAUUUAUAUAUGCACGAUUGUCCAGUCAGUCGCACGGUAAUAAUAUUUAUUUAUUUAUUUAUUUGUGGUCAUAGUGGAAGUGUAACACUUAAUAGUGGUGUAUGUGUGUUAUUUGACUUGGUUAAACCCCCCCCACCUGGCCUGCGUGUGCGUACUGUAGAUUCUGUUUGUAUACAGUAAGUACCUACCACUAUGCUUUAUAUUAUUGCUGAUUAUAAGCCCUGUCAGGAAUGCCAACAGUCCUGUCCCGAACAGCCUUUACUUUUGUGUUUUGUAUGUUUCAUUAACAGAUGUCUUAACUGUCCUUAGUACUUUAUUUAUUUUUAAUUUAUUAAACCUAAUAAUAAUCCACAGUAAAUUAUUAACAAGCUGCCUUAAUGUGUGUAUUUUGCCAAAAAGAUAGUGUAAAUAAAAGUAUAUUUGAGCUCCAACCAGUUUCUUUGGGCUGAGUUAUUAACAUGUUUCAUUUGAAGUGUUACUGAAGAGGCUGUAGGGUUCAAAACAUAACACAUUACUUUUCCUAGUUUUCUGCUUUGCUGUAAGUUUUCCAGCAAUAUCUUUUUCAACAUAGCCGCUAUUGUUUUUAUAUUUUUUAUUAACAUAUCCCUGGUCAUAAAUCAGUUUCGACCAGUUAUAUUGUUUCACUUUGGUUAUGCUGUGGGUCUUCUGAAUUCAUAACAUCAGCUACUUCAGUCCAACCUGUUCAAUCCGAAACAUUUCAUUUGGUUCCGUGACCGACUCCUUUUCCAAAGUUCAGUAUUUUGAUUGGUUCAUGUGUCCUACCGGCUCAUUCCGGUGUAACGUCAGAAAAUGCAUCCCUUAGAAAAAUGCAUCCCUUGUUCAUAUGAGCAUGCGCAACAGCUCUGUCGGUCAUAUGGGCACGGGCAAGCAAUACCUGUUUCAGUAAUCCCAGCCUCACUCUUUUG